AUGCAGAGAUUAUUUUUUCGACGAUAUUUAACAAUAAAUCAUAGUAAAAAAGGAUGGCGUCGAUAUAUUGAUCAAUUGAAAGAUCGUCCAGCAUCUCAUAUAACUGCAUUUGCUAUUCUUCAUGAAGUUACAGCUAUUCUUCCAUUUCCAUUAAUUUAUUUUCCAUUAAAAUGGUUAAAUAUUGGACAAUAUCUACCUAUUCCAAUUGAAUAUAUUCAAGAGGGAAAUAAAAAAAUAAAUCGUGUUCGAACUCGAUAUGGUUUUGAACCAUUAGAUGAAUCAUCAAUGGUAUUAGUUAAUCUUUCAAUGACAUAUGCUAUUGUUAAAGUUCUUCUUCCAUUACGUAUUGGAUUAAGUUUAAUGUUAACACCGUGGUUAGCUUCAAUUAUAACUCGUUCAUUAUCAGGAUUGAAACGUUUUAAAACAAAAUUUUUUUCAUAA